UGGACAUAACCGAUAUUCUUGUAACUGGGUUAAUUCACAUUAUUUCAAUUAUAGGGAGUGACCUACAAGUUCUAUUAGAUUUUAAAACAUAUAAAGACCCCUGUUAGUAAGAUCAUAUUCAAUAGCUAAAUAAAUAGUCAUAGGUGAUUUUACCAUUUUGUAAGUAUACUUUAUUUUACAUGAGAUGUUAUUAAACUAAAGACGGAAAUAUAAUCACAAUAGAUGAAUCUAAAAAUCUAUCUUUUUAUACCUCUGGUGAUUAUUUUCGGAACUGUCCAUUCUAAAACUCAUCCAAAAACUCCAGAUGAAAUAUGUGCUUUACCAUUGAAAAAAGGUUAUUGUCUACAAAAUAUACCACGUUUCUAUUAUAAUUCACUUGAAAAUAAAUGUCUACCAUUCAUUUAUAAAGGAUGUGGUGGAAAUGAAAAUAGAUUUAAAACUAAAGAAGCCUGUGAAAGUAUGUGUAUGAAAAAGACAACAAUGAAAUCUAUAAAUAAUCAAUCAAGAACAACAUCAUCAUGGCAAAAAGUUAAUGAGACAACGACACGAAUCAUUAAUUUAACAAAAUCAACUUUACAGAAAAAAUAGAAUGAUUUAAACAUAUCUAAAAGUAUUACAAAUGUCUUUUUCAAAUGUUGUAUGUCAUAGAAAUAAUAAAAUUUUUGUCAAGUUUUAUACUUCCAAUGUGACUUUAUCAGAA